AUGAAUAGUGCCAGCGCCGCGCCAGUUAUUCCGUGGCCUUACCGCCUAUUCUUCCUCUACAUCGAACCAAUUUCGACUCUUGUUGGCGCAUACUUUGCCCAUUUUCAGCAGGCCUACUACAUGCACCACACUUAUUCGACUGACACCCACCUGCUUGCCGUCUCCACUCGUGAGAGCAUCGUCCUCUCGCAGUUGGCCAAUUUGUAUCUUGCCUUCACUCUAAACGAAGCGCUCGUGCUCAGAGCUACCAACAAUCGCCGCGUUUGGAAUACUCUGCUCCUCGUUCUCCUCCUUGCCGAUUUCGGACAUCUGUACAGCGUCAAAGCCGCAGGUCUGCACCUUUACACUGCCGUCACCCAGUGGAAUGCAAUGUACUGGGGCAAUUUAGGAUUCGUCUAUAUCGGCGCCCUCCAUCGCACGUGUUUCCUGCUCGGCAUUGGCCUUCCUGCCUCAUCCGGCGCCGGCGUCAAUGCAAAGCUCAACACGUAG